UCUGGUCAGGACCUCACAGCACAGAAGGCUCAGGCAGGAAAAAGGUGACGACGAUGAAGAAGCUGGUGGUGUUUUUGCUUUGCGUGGUCCUGCUGACCACCUACACAGAUGCCAACCCUAUCAUCAAGGAGAGCUUCGCUAAGCAGCUGCUCCGCACCAAGAGGCAGGACCGACCAAUGAAGGCCGGCUACCCCGAUGAGCCAAUGAGGGAGCAUCUGCUCCACAUGCAGGCUCUGGAUCAGAGGGCUCAGGAGACCAACAUGGAGAACUGGUUGAACCCCAACUGCUACCCUCGCUGUGACAGGAACUAUGGAUACACCGUCUGAGUAAAAGACCACGAAUGCCAACAUGGACUCAACGAUGGCAACGCUGAAAAAAAAAAAAAGAUGGAAAGAUUCUCUCUCUUUCUUUUUCCUGAAACAUGACCAUGUGAAUAAAUGAAUGGUCAUGCAUAUAAUCUGUAUUACAGCUAUGUAGUUUAGUCUCUACUUUUAUUUUCUUAAUUAUGUAUCAUCAGUCAAAUGUAUUCACAGUGAAAAAUAAAUGCAUGAGUGCC